CGCACAACCAUCCAUCGCGAGAGAAAGGGCAUGUCUUUGGGUAUAAAAACGAGGAGACAUGGCCUUCUCCUCGUCCAGCAGUGCCGCAGUCUUACAACAUGUCUUCCUCCGCUUCCUCCACUUCUUACCACUCCGUGCUCGAUCCCCCCAUCCCCGAAGAUGAUCUUCAUGAGUUCUCUUGGCUCGUACAAGACCACAAGGGCUAUGAUUUCACGUUUGAAUAUGAAGAGAAGGAGGCCCCGAAGACUAUCGAGCCCUUUCGGCUUACCAUGCCAUACGACGACUCCCCCCCUUCGUCCCUCUCCACUAUGAACGAGGACGGUGGCAAUUCCGACAUCGAGUACUCGGAAAGCGACAGCGACGCGGAAGAGGAUCCCUUCUGGUACACGCACGAAGAACUGUACCGUGUGGUGGGUGGCCAUGCCUAUCCAAUCUCCGUGCUCGAGGAUGCCCCUCGAUCGGGAAUGAAUUUGUCCCAGCUACCGACAGAAGAACCCGAUACCACCUCCUUAAUAUUCUCUGGCCAGACCAGCUCCUCACGUUCGGCCCGCAAGAAGUCUCGCCUCCCCCCCAAGCUCGACGUCCCCUCUGACGACGAGGACGAAAGCAAGGGUAGUUCCUCGGACGAAGAGUACAUCCCCUCCCCCCGUCUCAACUCGCGCAAGCGCAUCGUCGGCCGGUCCACGGUCUCGCGUUCCUCCUCUUCCUCUCCAGACUCCUCCUCCAAACGCCCACGCUCGGCUCCCCUUCCCCGCGAUCCGCGGGUCUCGCGUCGCGAGGCCCGCCCGCGGAAUGCCCAAGUCGACCCGUCGACUCCCAUCUUCCCGGACGCGUCCAAACGUUCGUCGUUCAAGUGCCCUCAUUGCAGCUGGGUACAAUCGAACGGGCGCAUGCCCGACCUGAAGCGUCACAUUCUGACGCACAAGGGGGGGCAGUGGGUCUGCCGUGGUGUGCCCAUGGAGCAUGCGGACGACUAUGGAGUCUCGUCGGAGUGCACUCCGAUUGCUUAUGGAGAGGCGGAGAGACUGUUCGUCGGCGGGUGCAGCAAAAGGUUCAGCCGGCGCGACGCGCUCAAGCGCCAUCUGGACAACGCGAAUAUCACUUGCAAAGGUGAUAUUCACGCGAUGUUGGACUGGGACUGCUGAUGGGGCUGUGCCCCUUGAGCCUCCUUUCUCGUACACAACUUGCAUAGAUCGUUUAGUCUCUCGCUCCACAGGUUAUUUCUGCUUCUGUUCUCUUUUCAAGCCUUCCCCCGUCUUCGCAUUGCUCUAUUAGCUUGUACCGAUACCUCAGGUACUGACCCCGUCUCGUGUAUUCCCGACUAUAACGGCUUUCGCUAUAUUUUUUCUGUCCUACGAUUUGCUCUCCCCAUCCAACGCACCUACCCACACGUCUAUCUCUGUAAUACCUCGGAUCUGUAUCGCUAUCAAACUGUUCGUUGUCUCUGAUCACCGCCUUGUUCCGAGGCAUGUUCUAGUGG